CGAGUAGUGCGCUUUCACUGGAUUACUACUAUUUGAAAUCACAAGAAUUUUUAUAUAUAUAUUUCUAGUAGCUCCUGUCAAAAAGAAAUAAGAUGAAAUUAUCAUUUAUAUUUGAAUUAUUACUAAUAUUCAUAUUAGUAGCAUUUGCAGCAUCGGCUGUAAUAGAUUCAAGAGCUAAAUUUAAAAAAAGGUUAACUGGAAAAGUUACUACAAGUACAUCUAAUAAGCAAAAUGAAAAUACGAAUCAAAGUGCGUCCAACAAAUUUUGCAAAUGUGCGAAGCAAAUGUGUAAUUGUUGUAGAGAUUUUAAUAUAAGACUUCUUAACCUAAAAGGACCAGGCUGUGCCUCAUUACAGUACUUACAAGGAGAUCAACUGGCAAUUUCGAUGAGUUUCAACGACAGAGUACUUACCAAUACGACAUUACAAGGUAGGAAACCACCACCCAUUUGUAUGCCAUUACCAGGUGGAGUUUCAAAAUUCUGCGGCCGUGUUUAUAAUAUUGGCCGCCAAGGAGAAGACUUUAAGGCUUGUCUAGGACUCGAACUUCGUGCUCUUAAUGACAUAGAAGCCGCUAUUCGCGUAUCAUGUUUCCGCUUUGGCCCUAAGGGUCUUAGACUAGAAGCACCUGAACCUUUACCUCCAUUAGAAAAUGAAAAUGAUGACGACGACGACGAUGAUGAUGAUGAUGAUGAUGAUGACGACGACGACGAUGAUGACGAUUUUGAUUUUGAUGGAGAUGAUGAUAACGAUGUCGAUUCUGUUGACUACAGCGUUUUUGAUGAUGAUUUUAUUGGUGAAUACUUUCAAGAAGAAGAAGAAGAAAAUUCUGGUACUUAUGGUAACAGCAAUAAAAAGAAAGUGUCUACAACAACUACACAAGUACCAUUUAGAAAAAUCACGAGAAAACAUCAAUACAAGCCUGUAGAGAAAAAACCAGUUCGUACAAAAUCCAAACCUCAAGUGAUGAAUAGCAGUACAACACCACGAACAACUGUGAAGAAAACAGCGCCAACAAUUAAAAAGUUACGAACAACCACAACUAGUCAACCUAUGAAACUCUCCACUGAAAUUAUCACUACUCCUAUAGUUGUUGUGAAUGAAUUAACAUCAGAAAAAGCUACAAUUAAGAACGGAACGUUUACUGAACUAAAGGCAACUGAUAUUGAUAAAAACAAUAGAACUAUCGAAUUUUUACCACCAACAGACAUGUUCACAAGCCCAGUACAAUCAUCUACACAUAAGACUGAUGCCACUUUAGUAACCACACAAAAAGUAGAAGUAAAUACUAACCACUUACCACAAACGGAAGCUUCUGCUAUUAGAGAGGAAGAAGAAUCGUCCGAAGAAAGUGCAGAAGUUAUAGAUGCUGUUGGAGAUGUUUUAGAAGAAGAAAUAUCUGAUUCAACCGAAGAAAUGACCACCGUUGAAAACAAAACGACAGCAGCUACAACUGUAUCGGAAGAAUCUAAAGAAAUUUUAGACGAUGUAAUUGAUGGCAUGGUAGAUACAUUCACAGAAUCUGAAGAAGUUAAGGCAUAAAAACGCUGGACAUUUAUAGUCAAUAUCUUUUCAAAUUAUUAGUGUUUCACAUAAUAAUAUAAAAUACUUUUAUGUAAAUGUUAAAAAAAAACACAUAUGCUGAAUUAUAUUCCAAGAAAAGUUGCAAAAACCGAGAAAAAAUGUUCAUAUUUUGAGUGAAUCGGGUACAGAUAUCAAUUAAUACAUUUUUAUCCCGUUCAUCAAACAUUAUUCCAUUACCCACUUAAGUACAAAUAAUGUAAUAAUUUAUCUAAUUAAUUAUUAUAAAUAUUUGUUGGUUUACAUAUUUAUUAUUUAUUUAAUUUAUUUAUUAAUAUUUAUUUUGUGUCAAUAUAUA